AUGAAUUGCGGACAUGAUGAGACACUCCAACCACCAGACAGGUUGCACGAGUACAGCCAACAAGCCACUUGCAGCGACAAUGCUGAUCGAUUGAACGAACCCUUGGACUCAGACAGCCCAAAGUAUCCCUCUGGAGUGGAACUGGCAUUUAUCUUCAUCGCCCUCUGCUUGACUGUAUUCUUGGUUGCUCUGGAUCAAACAAUCAUCGCAACAGCCAUCCCGAUCAUCACCGCCCAAUUCCACAGCAUCGAGGACAUUGGAUGGUACGGCAGCGCAUAUCUGCUGACAACCUGCAGCUUCCAGCUCUUCUUCGGCAAACUUUACACGUUGUUAUCCCUCAAGUGGACUUUUGUCGGUGCUGUGGUGAUCUUUGAGGUCGGCUCCGCUAUUUGUGGUGCGAGCCCUAACUCUGUCGCCCUCAUCGUCGGGCGAGCCAUUGCUGGAAUUGGAGGCGCUGGUAUCUUCUCAGGCGCGUUGAUCAUCAUCGCCAAGUCAGUCCCGCUAGGAAAGAGGCCGGCUUUCACGGGAAUCAUUGGCGCCAUCUGGGGUAUCGCGAGCGUGGUAGGCCCCCUGCUGGGGGGUGCGUUUACAAGCCAUGUGUCCUGGCGUUGGUGCUUCUACAUUAAUCUCCCCAUCGGUGCCAUCUCAAUCCCCUUCAUAGUUCGAUUCCUGCCAUCACCACCCCAGGAGCAGCAGCUUAAGCGGGAAGGUUGGGCAUCCCAGCUAUGCCAGUUCGAUCCUGUGGGAACUGUCCUCUUCGUCGCAGGUAUUGUUUGUCUCUUAAUUGCCCUUCAGUGGGGAGGAAGUCAGUACCAUUGGAGUGACGGCCGUGAGAUCACGUUGCUGACGGUAUUCGGGGUGCUGAUCAUUGCUUGGGCAAUAUCACAAUGGAUUGCGGGUGACAAUGCCACAAUACCGCUCCGCAUCUUACGACAACGAACGGUUGCAUGUUCAACCUUUUAUAUCUUCUUCGGGAGUGCGUCGUUUGUUUUGCUGAUUUACUAUUUGCCGAUUUGGUUUCAGGCAAUCAAGGGCGACUCUGCAGCCCAGUCGGGCAUUCACAAUCUUCCCACAGUUCUGAGUGUUGUGGUAUUUGCAAUUGCAGGCGGUCUAGGUGUCACUGCCGUAGGAUAUUAUACCCCAUUCAUGAUUGCAGGAUCGACAAUUAUGGCGGUUGGUGCAGGGCUACUUCUCUUAUUCAAAGUAGAUACACCCCUGUCGAGGUGGCUUGGAUUUCAAAUCGUCUUCGGCGCGGGAGCUGGUAUGGGGCUCGAACUACCAAAUAUUGCCGUUCAAGCAGUCCUCCCCGAAAAGGACGUUUCCACCGGGACAUCUCUGAUAGUCUUUGCUCGCUCUCUUGGGGGGGCUAUCUUCGUCUCUGCGGGCCAGACUGUUUUCAGCAACCAUAUUGUCUCUGGAAUGCUUUCCCGAGUCCCUGAGCUAGACCCUUCUGUCAUCAUUCAAUCCGGAGCAGCCAACCUCCAGCAAACGGUUAGUCGAACAACUUUAGGUCAGGUUGAUAUUGUAGCUCGAGUGUUAAAGGUCUACAAUGAUGCGAUCCUCCAAACGUUUGUGGUCGCUUUGGCCCUAGCCUGCGUAUCCAUUGUUGGUGCUGUGGGUGUCGAGUGGCGAACUGUAAAACGUUCUCCCAAGGGCUAA